AUGGCAGUACUCGUUGGCGAUUUGGUACAGCAGAUACGUACCCGGUCCAAUCAACAGGUGACUGCUGGCAGGUGGUUGUUGGGUCGAUAUUUGGAGACAACAUCGAUACUACAUCUGAUCCUUCAUGUUGAAUUCAUCUUAGUCUUGUGUCGCUUCCUUUAUCCGACCCUUCGAGACAUGUCACGAAUAGUUUUCAAGCACGCCCGCUCCGGAACAGACCAAAGCCUAUCCAAUCCAGGAUCAGGAGUCUUGAUGGCCUUCGUGACUUCCAUGUUCGGGAGGGUACCGCUUCCUGUGGCGAUAGUGAAGAGAUCAUCCUGA